CAGCGGCUUCAGCCGAGCUCACUGAGCAUGCUCCGUCGGAACGCGCAUGCUCCGUACCAACAGAGCAGCCGCGCCGUUUGUAACGUCCCAGCGGCUCCGCAGCGCUGGUCGAGCGUGUCCCUCCGGCCCGUGGCGCAGCCCCGGUUGGCCGCCGCGCGCCAUGGGCGAGCGCCGGGGCCGCGCUCCGCCGCAGGAGGCCGUAGGGCCGGAGCGGGGUUUCCCUGCAGAUGCCAUUGAAAAUGACUUUAAACCAAAUGAAGAGCCUCUUCUCAGAAAAAAUCCUCGUAGAUUUGUCAUCUUCCCACUCCAAUACCCAGAUAUAUGGAACAUGUAUAAAAAGGCACAAGCUUCCUUCUGGACAGCAGAAGAGGUUGAUUUAUCAAAGGACUUCCCUCACUGGAACAAGCUGAAAUCAGAAGAAAAAUACUUCAUCUCUCAUGUCCUGGCUUUUUUUGCAGCCAGCGAUGGAAUUGUAAAUGAAAAUUUGGUGGCGCGAUUCAGCCAGGAAGUGCAAAUUCCAGAGGCUCGCUGUUUCUAUGGAUUUCAGAUUCUAAUUGAGAAUGUUCACUCGGAGAUGUACAGUUUGCUAAUAGACACUUACAUCAAAAAUCCCAAGAAACGAGAAUUUUUAUUUAAUGCAAUUGAAACAAUGCCUUGUGUCAAGAAGAAAGCAGAUUGGGCCCUGAAGUGGAUAGCAGACAGAGACUCAACUUUUGGGGAGAGAGUGGUUGCCUUUGCCGCAGUGGAAGGGAUCUUCUUCUCAGGUUCUUUUGCUGCUAUAUUUUGGCUGAAGAAGAGGGGUCUGAUGCCUGGACUGACAUUCUCCAACGAGCUCAUUAGCCGAGAUGAGGGUCUGCACUGUGACUUUGCUUGCCUAAUAUUUCAUCAUUUAGUGAACAAGCCUUCAGAAGAGCGGGUCAAGGAGAUCAUUGUUAAUGCAGUUGAAAUUGAGCAGGAGUUUUUAACAGAGGCUUUACCAGUAGGGCUGAUUGGAAUUAAUUGCACUUUGAUGAAACGGUACAUUGAAUUUGUGGCAGACCGGUUACUGACAGAACUUGGGUUCUCUAAGGUCUUUCAAGCAGAAAACCCUUUUGAUUUCAUGGAGAAUAUUUCACUGGAAGGAAAAACAAACUUCUUUGAGAAGCGGGUUUCAGAGUAUCAGCGCUUUGCAGUUAUGGCAGAAACAACGGAUAAUGUUUUCACUCUGGAUGCAGAUUUCUAAUCUCUCUUCAGAGAGCAUCUUGACUUUUUCCCCCUCCCCCAUCUCACUUCUUGGGAAGUUUUAUGUAUUUCUUCUGAAGUCUAUUAGGAUUUUUUUUCUGGCUUCCUACUUUGUGUGAAGUUAUAAAUUUACACUUGAAUAGACUGUAAUUUAGCAAUACAAUAUGUAGGUUAUAACCUAUAGUGUAAAUAUCUUUUUGCAUUGCACCCUGUAAAAAGGUCCUCUUAGAAAUUCAUGCAGCUUCUUAAAGGAAUAUACUAUAAAGAACUUGUUUGACACAUCAUGUUGUGAUCAUUGGAUAAAACUGGAUGGGUGACUUUUUUUUAAAUGGCUGCAAUAAAUGUUUUACUGUGCUUUAGUUAAGUUAAUUAUUUCUUAAUUUGCAUCUGUGCCUCACUUUGCAAUAUUUUAAUCUUGAACCCAGAUGAGGUAACACUGCAUGUAAAUAUGUUCCUAUAAACUCUUCUGACAACGGUUUUAAAAUGUAAAUUCGUGAAUCUAGACCCAGUGCUUCCCCGUUGUCCCUGUGAUAGAGUACGCUUCUCCACUGCUUCAAAAACAUGAGUAGAGGAAGGAGUGGUGUGUGUUUAGUGGGGUAUACAGUAUGAUUAUGGUACGAUCUUAUCAGAUCAAGUGAUACAAUUUGCUUGGAUUUCCCUGUUAACCUGCGAUCUAGCUCAAGCAGCAUUCAUGACAUGUGCCAAACCUGGCCUAUCAGUAAUAGCAGCAAGCGUUGAAGGGAAACUAUCCUUCAUAUAAGAUUUGAUUUGUAAUAUUAUAAAUCAGGUGGAUCUAUAUUUAAAAUUUGAGCCUGUAACGAGACAGAGAAGGAAAAAGUCUUCGGUGCUGUUCGAAUCACAACCUACUUUAUUGUUAAAUCCAGUUGCUGCUACUUACAUGUGUCUUAACAGUAAGCAGACUUACAGCAGCUUUAACCCCUUAUUGCAUUGGGGUUGUGAUCAGCAUCUGACACUGAAAUAUCAAUUUCUACAUAUCUUCUUUAUUUUAUCCAUUCUGCUGGGUAUUCUAUACUCUCUCAUCCUUCUGAAUUUCCCCAGUAUAUUUGUAAUGUAAGAUGGUGUAUCGUUCUGAUUUUUUCCCCUUGAGGUGCAUUUUUUUACUUGAGCCUUAUACCAUUGAGAACCCAGAUACUAUGGUGAUGGUCAUCUGUAGAAUAGCAUGUUCAAUGUGCAACAUCACAGCAUUACAAUAGAAUUUUCAGACCAUAGAUAGUCACAAUAUAAUACAGUGUGUUUAAAUUAUUCUAUCAACACUGUAGUACAUUGUGACUAUCAACCCCUAACUAGUGAGUGCUGCAUAAAUGGUGAUGUGUGAUCUGUAGUACAAUCUAGCGUGUGUGUGUAUUUUAGUUGUUUAUAUCACAGGCAACUGCUACAGUAUAGGAACAAAUUGAAGGGAUGAUUUUAUAAUUUGACAUAGUGACAUUUGGUGUAGAAGGAAUAACAGUAACAAUCCAGCCCAGAUUGGCAGUGACAAAGUACAACAGAACCCCAUUUAUCUGAUUUAAUUGGGACAUGGGGCCAGAUUGGAAAACUCAGAUAAUCCAAAUAAUGGGUAAGUAUGAGACUGCAGCAGCAUCUAGCGGCCACAGGAGAGAUCUCCUGCUUCUGGAACUGUGUGGCCUGGUUGUUCACUUAAUAGGAGAGCCAGAUAAUGGAGGGUCAGAUAAACAGGGUUCUGCUGUAGUUACCAUCUGAAUUAUGUGAAGUAAGUCAGGCAUGUCAGUCUAGUUCCUGGUGGACAGGUGUCCACAUCACAAAAAUAAGAAUUGGCUCCCCCUUGUUCAGAGUCUGAGCAAAGAGGUCAAGGAUUUAGUAGGCAUGGAAGUAGAACUACUCUUUCUCCUAGAGAUGGCCUGUCCAGUCUGGAGGGAGACACAUUGGUGGUGCAUUGAGGGAAAGCUUGCACUUAUGGCUGUACUUGUACCUGUUCUUUGAUUAAAUAGAGAACUACAGAUUCUGGAGCUCUCAAUCUAGCAUGUUUCAUGAGCAGUACAUUCACGUGGAAGGAGAAAAUGUUACAACCUGAAUGUGACCUAUUUGGGGAAAGGCAACCUCUUUUCUGCUUGUAUCAUCUCAGCUUGGUGGUAUGAGGAGAUUGUUUUAAGCAUUUAUCCAAUAUUAUAAUUUAAAUUAAGAUAUUUGAUGUUUAGUCCAGGCUAUUCACUGAUUUGUAUAUGGAUUUGCUCAGGUCCCUUAGAUAAACAUAAAAUAUCAAAGUCCUGUUACAAUCUUUAUUCAAGUCGUGUGUGAAAUAUUUGUAUAGUUUCGGUAACAUGGUUCAAAAGAUGGUCCUGGCCAUGCCAGACUUCCUAAAGAAAUGGACGGGGAAACAUCUAUGGCUUGCUAGUUCCUUGUUUUAUUGCAAAGCCUAAAAUGAUUUAAAUAAACCAUGUCUGGACAAUGUAA